ACAGCGCUGAAAUGUUUUUGCCUUCUGAGUUCGGGGGAGCGCAAUCGCAGAGAUAAAGAGGCGCCGGAAACGAGCGGUCCGCUUGGCGUCUUUUUGGCUGCCCAGCGAUGUGCUCCUCCAUCCCUGGACUGAGCGUCCCAGUUCCGACGGUCUCCAGGAGGAAGGAAAGACUUUCUCGAGAGGCCAAAUCCCAACCCUCAAUCGGUCAUAUGAAAGAAUCCAAACUCUACCGUCUCCGUCAUCGAAACAGUCGCUUCGAAACCUUCGCUGUCUUUGCACACUCGACACCCAGGCUUGCCAUCAGAGCAAUUUCGGCGUCUUUUAGUCUCAGGUUGAGUUCUUCCUUCCUCUGGUGGACGUUGAGUGCCGGAGUUAUUGCCUUCGCUCUCUUCAGUCAGGAGUUCUCCGGGAGGGCCGUUGUUGAUGAGCUUCCCCAUCGUCCGCCGCGAUACCCAUGUGAAGAUGUUUCUGGAUACUACUCACAAGUAGAGCUUGCAGAAGGCGUUAAGAUGAUGGAGCAACUGAACCUUCUUAUAUCUGACCAUCAUCCUCUAACAUACAAAGAGGUUUGGGAUGCACUCGAGAUUCUUGAUGCGGCUGAUGUGGAAAACCCAGAUGCGUCCUCCGACAUAGUUGAAAUCUAUUCCUUGAGAGCUGUCCCAAAGUCUUUGGCAGGAAAACUUGAAGGAUGGAACAGAGAACACCUGUGGCCUCGUUCUUAUGGUUUAGCACGUGGUCCUUCAUUAACUGAUCUGCAUAAUUUACGCCCUGCAGAUGUAAAUGUUAAUUCAUCAAGAGGAAACAAGUUCUACGGGGAGUGCUUGCAUGAAGAUAAUUCCUGUUUGAGACCUGCAAAUAGUGAGGCUGCUCCAGAUACAGAAGCAGACAAAGAGAGAUGGGCACCACCAGUGCAGGUCCGCGGUGAUAUAGCAAGGUCACUAAUGUACAUGGCAGUACGUUACGGACUACAUCAACCUAUUGGCAGCCCGACCCUUCAACUUUCUGAUUCACCAAGCAUCGAUGGUGCAAGAAUGGGGCUUCUUUCUUCACUACUCAAAUGGAACGAAGCAGAUCCUCCAUCAAAAUCCGAGCGGCUGCGGAAUAACAGAAUUUGCAGUCUUUACCAGCAUAACAGGAAUCCUUUCAUUGAUCAUCCUGAAUAUGCUAAUAUGAUAUGGAAGACUCCUGCAAGGGCAAACUCUGUUAUUGUCUCCUCAUCGAAAGGAUGGAUAAAUGAAUUCCAUUACAGAAACAAAGGGAAAGACCUGAAUGAGUUUGUUGAAGUUGUUGUGAGCUCACUGAUCGACGCUUCUCGUCUGAAACUGGUGCUUUACAAUGGAGCUAAUGGGAAGAUGUACAAGUCAAUACCACUGACAGGUGAAGCUUUCAGCAUAACCAGUGAGGGAUCGGAAUUCCUGAUCUACACUGCCCCUCUCAGCUUGCAGAACGGACCUGCCGAUGGGAUCGCACUGGUUUCAUGCAGAGAUGAUGGCACCGACGAAGUCAUCCAAUUUCUUUCCUAUGAGGGUGUCACAACAGCAAUUGAUGGACCUGCGGUAGGCACUCGGUCGUUGGAGAUAGGCGUCAGAGAAACUGAAGACUCAUCCAAGCUAGGUUCAUUGGGAUUAACAGGAAAUGGUUUGAGGACAUUUCAGUGGAAAAGAUUCACAACCAAUGGGUCGCCCGGCCGGCUGAACCCUGGUCAGGAUCUUGGCGACCCAUAGGCGUCAAUUCAGAACGCAUGAGAUGUUCCAUCACAUACUUGAACACAGCAACGUGUGCACCGCCCAAGAAGGAAAGUACCUUUCCUUAUUUCGGCUGCGUUAUUCCAUGACGAAUAUAUGCCAAAUUACAAGCCGCGGUCGAUGUCCAACACCGCGAAUUCCUGUGGGACCAGACCAGAUAUGUUACUCAUUCAGAACUGGGCGGAGAGGACCAUGGCUCCGAGUAUGCAGCUAUUAUGUAAUUACAUUUCGAUACAUAAACUUACUCGAGGAAUGCCUAUUCAGUUUUUUUCUUCUUAGAAAUUAAUGGCAUGGUAACGCGCAGGGCUUAUCUGGGUUUUGCUGACUGCAUAUCAUUCCCUAAUAUAAUGUUGAACAACCA